UUGAGUAGCUUUGUGAAAGGUUAGCUAACGCGGGCUAGCCUGAUAUGGAAGAAGAGGGAGUAAGAGGAAGACUGAGGGUCUACCUGAGAAAAGCGGACUGGCUGGGACUAGUUCUGAGGGGUGAUUUCGGGAGAUAACGCUACAUACUGGAAGGAAUGUUCUCCUGGCUUACAACACCACAGAGAUAGCUAAAAUCACGGGACAGCCACAAUCACUACUAAAAACAUGAAGCUGACAACUGCGGACCGCCUGAUAACAACCCGCCACCGUCGAGUUUAGCUCUCCGUGGCUGCAGCUGGGCAUUAACGGCGACGGCACCUCGGGAAGCGUUGUAGCCGACGGGAAUCUCUGUUCGCGUUUUUUCCCUUUCUUCUUUUUUUCCUUCUUCCAUGGGACACAACUGGGCUUUACCUCCGCUCUGCCGUUGUGUUACCGCCGUGACAGCAGCAGUCGUCGGCUGGUAUCGACUGGCCACCGUGGUCCCUGCAUCUUGUGGACUCCUAGCAGCUAAAGUUUUUUGGCUUAUUUGACGGACGCGGCAGUCAUGUUUGCUGUACGAAUCGUCACCGCAGACUACUACCUGACAAGUCCCAUUAAAGACCUGGACGUCUGCUAUUCUGAAUUCAGGGAGAGCGACGUCAAGAAAGUGCCGGUGGUGCGGAUAUUUGGAUCAACACCAGCAGGCCAGAAGACAUGUCUCCACCUCCACGGUGUGUUCCCCUACAUCUACGUGCCGUACGACAACUAUGGGCAGCAGCCAGAGCGCUACCUGCGGCAAGUGGCCUUCAGCAUCGACAGGGCCCUCAACGUUGCCAUGGGAAACCCCACCUCCAACAACCAGCAUGUCUUCAAGGUGGUGCUGGUCUCCGGCAUGCCUUACUAUGGUUAUCAUGCCAAGGAGAAGCUCUUUAUGAAGAUCUAUUUAUACAAUCCUCAGAUGGUCAAGAGAGUGUGCGAGCUGCUGCAAAGCGGAGCUGUGAUGAACAAGAGUUACCAGCCUCACGAGGGCCACAUCCCCUACCUGCUGCAGCUCUUCAUAGACUACAACCUGUACGGCAUGAACCUGGUUAACCUGGCAGCUGUCAAGUUUCGAAGCAGCCAGAAAAAAGAUGAAGCAAAGGCAGACCCAGAAGGAUCAGCCUCCAGCAGCAUCAGCCCCUGGAAAAUUCCCUGUACGUCCAAGCUCAACGACAGCACCAUAGGAGGCACAUUCGUCCGCUGGGAGGAGAACGCCAUACCCAGCUCUUUAGUCCUGGAUGAGGUGCAGAGGCAGAGCACCUGUGAGCUGGAGGUUGAUGCCGUUGCUGUGGAUGUUCUCAACCGCCUCGAAAUCGAAAAUCAAAUUGGCAGGAACCCUGGCCUGCAGGCCAUCUGGGAGGAUGAGAAGCAGAGGAGGAGAGAGAAGAACCAGCCCUCUCAGAUUGAAACCCCCGAGUCGCAAGAUCGUGGUUUUGUCACCUCAUCAGAGAGUGAGAAAAUCUUCAUGAAGAGAGUCGAGGAGAUCCUCAAGGAGAACGAGUUUGAUGUGACACAAGAUCUGUCUGCUGGUGAUGGGGAGAACCAAGAAGAUUUCCCUGGUGAACUAACACUUCAUUUUGACCCCCUGACCCCAGACGGGCUGCCAUGUACCCCUGCUAACGCUGUGGAGGUUCACAGGGGUCGACAUCCAGACUCUGUGAGGAGCAGUGGGAAAGUUCAGAGGAGGCUGUCGUUGAUGAGGAGGCCAUCCUGACUCUCCUGGAGAACAGUCAGUCUUUCCUCCCACUCUCCCAGACAUCCAACCACUCGCCUCUCUUAGACAGCAGCCGGGACCAAGCCAUCAUUGACUUGCUGGCAGGCCUGGAGGACGAUGGUUUCUGCAGGACACCCGCUAGGCAGAAUUCCCAGUCCCGCUCACUCCCUGGUGUCACAAACUACAACUGCAACAGUGAUGAA